AUGAAGUGUCUACUCCUCCUUUUCGCCUUUAUAGGCCUCGCCACGUGUGCAUCCUUCUCAAUUCCCACACGAAGUGUUAGCUCAUUGAGAGCAAAACUUAUCCGUGAAGGAAGAUAUCAGGAGUUCUUGGCUCAGCAGAAUGUGGCGAGAACUUUGCAGCUGAAACAAGGAUCCCAGCCAUUUAUCGACUAUAUGGAUGAUUUCUACCUGGGAAACAUUAGUGUAGGAACACCAGGCCAAACCCUGACUUUAGUCCUUGACACCGGGUCUUCCAACCUCUGGGUUAUCGAUGCCGCCUGCAACUCCGAAGCUUGUAACGGAGACCCAAAGUCUGGAUUCGCAAAGCAUAAAUUCGACACAAAGGCAUCGUCAACUUUUGUCUCGGAAACUAGGAAGUUCUCAAUUUCCUAUGGAUCCGGUUCCUGCUCGGGACACCUCGCUCGCGACACAAUCACCAUGGGCGGCUUGAAAAUCGACAAUCAAGAGUUCGGAGUCGCCGAGACCCUAGCCUCAGUAUUUGCUGAGCAGCCAGUCGACGGAAUCUUGGGACUCGGAUGGCCGGCGCUUGCCGACGAUAAGGUCACUCCACCGAUGCAGAACCUUCUCCCACAGCUCGACGCAAAGGUUUUCACAGUCUGGAUGGACAGGAAGCUUCAAGGAUCGAAUGGUGGCAAUGGGGGUCUUAUCACCUACGGAGCCCUGGAUAGUGUUAAUUGUGCCGAUGACAUCAGUUAUGUACCACUGACGGCUAAGACGUAUUGGGAGUUUGCAUUGGAUGGAUUUGCAGUGGGAAGCUUUUCGGAGACAAAGACAGCCAAGGUAAUCUCCGACACCGGAACCUCCUGGAUCGGAGCCCCUCACUCCAUCAUCUCCGCCGUCGUCAAAGCCACCGGAGCAAAAUUCGAAUGGACCACUGAGCUCUACGUGGUCCCGUGUUCCACAAUGAAACCCAACCUGACCUAGUCUUUACUAUUGGUGGAAAACCUUACAAUGUGAAGUCUGUUGAGUACAUUUUGGAUUUGGGGCUUGGAAAAGGAAAUUGUGCGCUGACAUUCUUCGGAAUGACCUAUAUGGGAUUCGGGCCGUCAUGGAUCCUUGGAGACACUUUCAUCAGGCAGUAUUGUAAUGUAUAUGAUAUUGGAAAUGAGAGAAUUGGUUUUGCGUUGGCGAAGCAUAGUUUUUAGAG